UAUCGUACCAAACCAAUCGGAGUGCAGUUGAGGACAGGGGCAGAGCUAAUUGACAAAUGAUACAGCCAACUAAGCGACAUGUAGUCUGGACGCUGCAGCCAAUCGGCGAGCAUGUGCCAAAAAUAACACCUCCUCUUGUUCAGCACCCAAAGUCGAAGGAUAGCUCUGGCCUUUCAAUGGAAGAAAGUGCGAGAUUUGUCAGUGUUGUCUAAUAUAACCAAUUCUCAGUGUUCGCAUUUGCUGAGAAGCGACCGAAUUAGUCUUCGCCUAACGUGAAAGACAGACCUGACGUCCAACAUGCGUAAAAAUCAACGCCGUCCAAGCAGGGAACCACCGAGAAAGGAAUUAUCGCCGCUCAUCUGAGGCCAAUCUCCAUUAUUUUUUUUUUUAUCAAAUAAGGAAACAUAACAGGGCUAGUCGGCUAACGUUAGCGGCUUAUAUUAUCAGGUUAACGACAAAUCACUACCAGAAGGCAGAAUCCACAACAUAACCAAGAUUGGAUCUACAUUUGCACAGAAGCAGGAAAACCUAUAGGCAGAAAUGGGUGCAUUCCUGGACAAGCCGAAGACGGAGAAACACAGCGCCCACGGUGAGGGCAAUGGACUGCGAUAUGGCCUGAGCUCCAUGCAGGGCUGGCGGGUGGAGAUGGAGGAUGCCCACACAGCUGUGGUGGGUCUCCCCCAUGGACUCACUGACUGGUCUUUCUUCGCCGUCUACGAUGGCCAUGCGGGCUCCAGGGUGGCUAACUAUUGCUCUGGUCACCUGCUGGAGCACAUCCUGUCAGGAGGCAGCGACUUUGGUUCAGGACCAUGUUCAGUAGAGGGUGUGAAAGAUGGCAUCCGCUCGGGUUUCCUGAACAUUGACGAGUACAUGCGCAGCUUCAGUGAUCUGCGGCAGGGCUUGGACCGCAGCGGAUCAACAGCUGUGUGCGUGUUGCUUAGCCCGACCCACCUCUACUUCAUUAACUGCGGCGACUCUCGAGCAGUGCUGAGUCGAGCUGGCAAGGUGGGUUUCUCCACACAGGACCACAAGCCCUGCAACCCCCUUGAAAAAGAGCGGAUCCAGAACGCUGGUGGCUCAGUCAUGAUCCAGAGGGUAAACGGCUCCUUGGCUGUGUCUCGGGCUCUUGGGGACUAUGACUACAAAUGUGUGGAUGGUAAGGGCCCGACGGAGCAGCUGGUGAGCCCUGAGCCUGAGGUAUGUGUGUUGGAACGAACUGUUGAAGGAGAUGAGUUUGUGGUGCUAGCGUGUGAUGGCAUCUGGGACGUGAUGUCUAAUGAGGAGCUGUGCGAGUUUGUCCGCUCACGACUCCUGGUGUGUGAUGAUCUUGAAAAGGUCUGCAACUCGGUGGUGGACACCUGCUUGCAUAAGGGGAGCAGGGACAACAUGAGUGUGGUGCUGGUGUGUCUACCUGGAGCUCCCAAGGUUUCGGAGGAGGCUGUGAAGAAAGAAGAGGAAUUGGACAAAUACCUGGAGAGCCGCGUCGAGGAGCUACUUGCCAAUUGUGGGGAGGCUGGAGUACCUGACCUGGUGUCUGUCCUGAGGAGUAUUGCCACAGAGAACAUCCCCAACCUUCCACCUGGGGGCGGCCUGCCCAGCAAACGCAGCGUGAUUGAGGCAGUGUACAACAAACUGAACCCUCACAGAGAAGAAGAAGGCAGUCUGACCCCUGGCGUGUCACCUCAGGCCUCUGCGGGGGGAGAGGAGGAGAAUGAGGAGGGAGGUGGCAGCGCGGCGGCUCAUCUGCUGGAGGCUCUGCGGCAAUUCCGCCUCCACCACCGGGGGCAGUACCGUGCGGUGCUGGAGGAGUCCCUGGCCACGUACAGCACACAGCGGGGGGAGAGCGCUGCCAGGGGAAAAGGGGAGCAAGGGACGACUCCUGACAACAAUGGCAAAGCUGGCCGGGAGCAGUCUGCCUCCCAUCCCUCUCCCCCCUCGUCCCUGCCCUCACCUGCCACAGCAAAGCCCGAGGGCAUCCUAGAUGUACCAGUUCCUGAAACCAACUCCUUCUCUGGCUGAAUAUCCCACCUGCAUAGCCACCCACCCACCCACCCACCUUCCUGUCUAAUCCCAGAGCUCCAGUCUACUGUGCUGAGACAACCCCCUCCUUCUGCCCCCGCUCCUCUGUCCCUCAUCACAGAACUUGAUCUGACACAAUUGCCAGUUUCGGCUUUGUGGUUGCCUGGCACUAAUGCUUCAUUGCCAGACAAUCACCUCUGUUCAUUCAAGUUCUGUUGUCGAGUCUGGUACAAAAAAAAAUAACAAGACUUGGAUUUGCUAAUGUGUUUUUCCCACCUUCUUUUGACCAACCUUAGCCUAAAUUCCACAAACAUGCACUUUUACAACUUGAGCACAGAGACCCAUGUUAUAAGAAUAAGGCACAUUAUUAUUAUUAUUAGAUUUACUGCUAAGUGUAAAAGUGGUGUGUGAAUGGGGGAAAAAAAACCAACAGUGGUCAUUGUUGGCUUCUGGCUGAAACCCCUCCCACAACCUUCCCUUAACAUGUGCUUACAGUGGAAGAACUGACAAAGAAAAUGAGAAGGGGACACUCUGUACUGCAGCUGUGUCUGCAGGCCGACUCCAUCCACUCACUCGGAACACGCUCUUUAGUCUGUAUCUAUGUAGGUAUGCUUGAUUGUGUGUGUGUGUCUGUGUGUGAGUUUUUAGAGACCGGUCACCUCUGAAAGAUCCUCUGUAACUUUAACCGAGUAUAAUUCCAUAGGCUGUCAUUUGUUUUUCAGCUCACUCGGCUAAGGCUCUUUGUGGGACUUUGACCACAGAUGAAUAUGUGGGAGGGUGGACAAUUGUACUACUUGCUUCUAUCAACCACCUGGGUUGAUCAUUUUCUUUUCAGAUAUAUGCCCAAUAAAACUAAAACACAAUAAAGACUAUGCAAGCAGAUUGUUCACAAAAUGAACAUAAAAGGUUGCUCUGUUGGGCAGCAUUAGAUUAUAGUUGGUUAGCCAACAGCUUCAUUAAUUAACUUUGUUAAUUUUCUUUCAAAUCAAGCUUAGAGAGGUAAUGCUGCCAUUAUGACACAUCACUGUUGUCAGAGGGAUGCUAAGUGCUGUCAGUGUGAAAAUAGUUGACAAAAUUUGCUUCAACAUAGACCAAGUUCUCUUACUGUUUAUGACGUAUGAAAGAACCUUGAGACACUCAUAAGGAGGCCGGUUCUACGCCACAUUAGUGACUGUUCUGAUUUGUCAUAAUAUUUGUUAUGACUUGAAGUACGGUAGAGUAAACAACGUUUUAAGGCCUCCUUGUUUGUACAUCUAUGGUUUAGUGCCAUGAAAUGUCUACAAAGUCUACAGGUGAAGAUGUAACCCGACCGGUUAAAGCAGAAGAUUUGAACAGAUUUCAAUUUUAUACAGAAUGAAUGUGAGGGUGACAGACACAGUGGCGUCUUUUAGACUCAAGUUCAUAUUACAUAGCACUUGUCAUGAUAUUCUGAGCAUCAGAAAAGGCAAACUUGGUCGACCAUUGUAAACCGUUUGCUUUGAUGUAACUUAUAAAAACCAACUUGGUCUACGUUUAAACAUAUUUUCCUUCUUCGCCACUUGCAGCACUUAAUGACCUUUAAUGCAACUGUUUAUGUUUGAAACUAAAAGAUGUGUCCCUUAAAUCCUACCAAUGUGUUGUUUAUUAUUUGUGUCAAGAAAGACUAUGUUAAAGAAUGGGGGGGGAAAAAGAGCCUGAGAAGGUUAGAGCAAAAGAUCACCACGUGAGGACCUUUGUCAGUGCGAUAGGGGAAGAAGAUAGAUCUAUUAUCAGUAUUUUACUCUCUUAAUGUCAAAGUCCUGUCUUUUUUGAGACCAGCUAUUGCUUUACUACCAUCAUAAUUAUUACGAUGGCAAACAAUAAAAUAUAACACGUGUUGUAAUCUGACUGACAUUUUUGUCAUCAGAGCACGUUGAGAAAAAAGAAAAAAAAAACUUGUGUGGCUACAUCUGACAAGUAACAUAUUUUAUUUGCACUGAGGUGGGAAAUUAAACAUAAGUACUAUUCAGAUUUUCCCCCAAAGAGAAAUUGUGCUACAUGCACAUUGCUAAUAUACUAUGUAUCUCAUCUGGGCAUGUUUUUCGUAGUAGCAGAUGAGUAGACUGUAUGAUAAAUGGAUGUAGAUCUAUGGUCCCAUAAUGGACAAAGCCAGUCUCCCUACGUAUGAAAUGGGAUUUAAGACUAAGAUUUAGUAUCUGGUUUUCUUCAGUAAAGUGUAAAAACGCAAGCUUUGGGGGUAACAAUGAAAUUCAGGUUAAACUGCAGUCAAAUGGGAUCGAGUGUCCAUCAGUGGCUUUGUUGCCAAUGACAUCAGUGAAUGUCUUGAAGGCCUGCUGUUGUUGUACAGACCAGCUGACAUUACCUGAUGAUGUGUGUCAUGCUCAUCAUCAAAAUCCAUCUAAUAAAAUUCUUUAUAAAUGUAAUAUUUUGACAAAGGCCUAAAACUAACUAUUAAAACAGCUAAAUAUUGACAGAAAAGUUCAGUUUCCUUUAGGGAAAACCUUGCUUAGGCAAUUCACCAUAAUUACAAACUGCACUUUUAUUGCUUAAUAAUAAAUAUUUAUCUCAAUGGGUCACUAAAUGGACAGCAAGAAUAAAACAAAAUAUUAAAUCCAGCUGUUUUUCCACUGCUCCCAAGUUCCUAAAAUCCCCUGCCAUGUUAGCAUUAGUUAACCUGUUGACCUCAUCCAAAGCCUAUGCCUUAAUAAACCUAACAAGCACUGAAGUGAAUGUAUUUCAUGUAGAAUAAUUGUGUUAUUAGUUACCAAAGAUUAAAAAUAUAUAUAAUGAAGUGGGCACAGUUCAUGCUUCCAGUCAGAAGUGUUGACUGUCACACAGACUUAAUACAAAAGGUCAAAAUAGAUCUAUUGAAAAUGUUCAUCAGGAGACAAGUUCAAACUUUUUUGGUGGACGUUUAAAUCAAAACACACUGCUGAAGCAGCUUCCCUGUUCACGGCAGGCAGAGGGAGACUGUACAAGUCUUCCACUGCUGCAUGCAGCACUCUUACAGUAUCUGAUGCACUUAAGUGUAAUGCGAGGAAGUCAGAGAUCUAUGCGGUGUGUGUGUGUGCGCCUGUGUGUGUGACAGUUUGUGUUUUAUGAAUUUGUAUAGAAUUAAGUAGGCCUAAUCAGCCUAAAAUGUUAAAUGAACCAAUAAAAUUGAUUUUAGUUCCAGGGACAUCACUCUGUAUCAAGUGUGAGUACUUUUGUCUCUAUUGGCUUCACAGUUCAUUUGCCUUUGAAUCCUGUUCCAAUUUAAAUAAACCCACAGAAAUUGGAGUAGAAAUGGAUGUUAUAUGUGAUGGACGAUAAUCUGACUGGAGUGUUUUACAGUGUAGUUUUCUCUGUGUUCCUGUGUCUCGACUUCAGCACAGUGUCAUUCCUGUCCCUUGACUUUAUGUCAGAUGUCAGCCGCUACAAGGCAUUCUAAUUGUAACCCACUUCAAAAUGGUAACAAACAUCAGCUUUAGGACGUGUCAGACAUAAUUAACAGCUGCUGCUUCCUGGCUCCUUCUGCUAGUGAUAAGCGUGAGGGAAGGUGUGCAGUCUUGUAGGGACGUUCUCUCCCUCUCUCUCCCCUGUUUUUCAGUGUGACAGUUGGCCUCAUGAUUCUCCCUGAGGUGAGUCAUCAGAGGUCUGGGUUUUGUUCUUUUCAACCAGCAGGGGGAAUCUCACCACCAUUUACCAUUUUCCAUUCAUUGU